AUGUCCGCCCGCUUCAUUACCCUCGCCAAGUCCCGUGUGGCAACCUCUGCCCCGAGCUCCAUUGCCAUUCGGUCGAUCUCAUCGACUGCUAGGCUGCAGAAGGGGCCUGUUGAAACGGCCAAGGAUACACUCAAGAAGACCGAUCGGAUGGUGUCUGAUGCCGCGGUUGGUGGUAUCGACAAGGGCGAGGAAGUUGCUGGCAAGAUGAAGGAGGCUGUCGGCGGCGCGAAGGAGGAGGCCAAGACCAAGGCCGGAGACGUCAAGGGCAAUGCGUCCGAGUAUGAGGGCAAGGUCAAGGGCACAGCCGAGGAGGUUGCGGGCAAGGCCAAGGGAAAGGCAAACGAGGCCGCUGGCAAGGCUAAGGAGCACCUCAGCUGA